UGCAAGAUAAAAAAUGUCAGCGUCCAUACACAGUUCCGUGAAAACAAAUUAUUACAAUAACAAACCUAUUGAUAUUGUAUUCUAGAUCUAGAUCUAGAACUGGAUAAAGAUCUUGAUAUUAAUACCAAGAAAAAUCUGUAGAUUCUAGAUCUAGACUCUAGGUUUAGAUAUCUAGAUUUAUAUGUUAUGCACUUCUACUUUUAACUAUUUACUGUAAUUUAGUGUCAAACAAAAAAAUGGCCAGUGGCAGUUCACACAGAAACAGACCUGAAAUCAGGAAUGACCAGGAAGAAGAUGACUUCGGUGACUUUGGAGGUUUUGAGGGUGCUGAACAAAUAGUAGAUGUACCUUCUCUCCAAGCUCAACCAGCUGACUCUCCAUGGGUAUUGUUUAGUGCAGGAAAUACCUCAGGUCGCCCUGACUUACUUUGUGCACAGAAUCGUUUCCCAACAUAUCUUGAUCCUUCAGACAUCUCUGGAGCAUCGGGUGAUGCAGUAAACCAUCUUUUAGACAAUAAUGUGAUACCUCAAGUGCCCCAGGAUGACCUGUUUGAUGAGAUCAACAUUAACCAAGCCAGGAUUGCAGAGAACAUCUUGGAUGGUACAUUGCUUGCUUCUGCUGGUUCAAACUUUCAUCCUAACCUGGGCAUAUCCAAUGGCCAUUUGCCUGACAUUGGCUUGGGAAUAAAUGAAAGUCGUCUUUUCAACCAACCUGAUAAUGAGGGCCAACUGCCAGUCAAUCCAGUUGUGAGAGCCUCCUCCCUAGAGCUGCUGAUAGAAGCUCCUGAUGUAGAGGCUAAUGUAUUGUUGCUGGAAAGAGACCAGGAGCAUGUUGCCCCUGUAGUUGAAGAAGCUCCUGCUGUGGAUAGACCAGCAGAGGUACCUGUAAAUAAUGCUGAGCUGGCUGACAGUUUAGUUGAGCAGUUAAAUGCUCUGUUAGAAAGAAAUAGGUGCUUAGAGGAAGAACUCAGCCGAUGCCAGGAGCAGCUGGCUGCCCAGAAUUCAAGACUUGAGCAGGUUCAGCAGCACUACAAUGAGGAGCUAGAGAACAUCAGGAAGGCUGGCCAUGAGGCAUUGUCUGUUGUUGUAGAGCAAUACAAGGAACAGUCUAGAACUAUUGUUUUAGAGCAGCAGGAGAUAGCACAGAGAAAUCUUGUUGAAGUCGUGUCCACACAGAUGAAAGCCUUUCAGGACAUGUUGCAGACAGAACGAGAGCUUAAUGAGAGACAGAGAGAUGAAGAGAGAAGGGAGAUGGAGAGAAGGAUAGAAACAGCGUUAGCAGAAUCAUGUGUGCGACAACAGGAACGCUUUGAUGGUUUCUUGGUUGAGGAGAAAGAAAAGCAAAGAGAAUUCAUUGCAAAAGUCAUUGAGGAAAAGAGUCAAGAACAACAAGAGACUCUAAAACAGGAACUAAAUAAAGAACAAGAAAAAAUCAGAUCCCAUGUGGAACAAAUAAAGUUGCAGUGUUGUGAUGACCUGGCUGAAGAGAGGAAACAACAGGAGGCUGCACUUAAGUGUCUGCGGGAAGAGCAACAAAAGAAAGCUGAAGAACAAAUAUCAAGUUUGGUGCAAGAUGAAAAAGAGAAAAGUCGAGCAGCAUUGAGAACAGCCUUGGAGCAAUCUAGGUUAGACAUGCAGUCAUAUAUACAAGAACAGAAACAGUCUGAUUCAUUAGUACGACAGCGCCACCUAUUAAGUCUUGAUCUCUUCUUGGAAAGUUCACGACAACAGAUUCAACUUUUAAUGCAGUCUGAGAAACCUGAGCCUGCGUUGUUAUCUGAAGCUAAAGCCAACGAUAAGUCUUGAAGCCUGGAACUAUUUUAUUUUGCUUUGUUGACUUGUUACUUUAAAAUGCUGUUGUUUCCCUGUGUCUUUUUGAGCCCAGUGGAAGGGCUGCAUGUCUGGAAGGCUGCAUGUCUGGUCACAAAUUAAUGUAAACGUCUUCAGGUUGUUGUCUGUUAAAGAUUUGUAUUGGAUCAUUGGCUUAAAGUUCUGGUUAAAGGGCUGUUUGUUUGAUUUCAAGGUCUAGUUGCUUAAGUCAAUGUGAACAUCUUCAGGUUGUCAAGAGAUUUGUUUGUCCAAUCAUUGGGUUUGGGGUAUGGUUAAAGGUCUGUUUGUAUGAUUUGAAGGUCUAGUUGCUUUAAUUAAUGUCAUAAUGUACAUUUUUU